GCGCUUGUGAUGCAUAUGUGUCUUUAACUCUUAACCUUAUACUUGUCAAACUUCUAAGACGGAUAAUGCAGGGCGCCAUUUUUGUCUUCGUGACUCGCCCCAAGCUUUAAUUAAAUGAAUUUGUUUGAAAUUUCAGGCACAAGUCAAUGAAAUUAAAAAACGAAUUCUUUUUUUACUGAAUGAAGCAUAGUUCAUAAAAAAGCUUCAACUUCAGUGGCAUCUGUGCUUUCUGUACAAAACUAUAAUGCGUGUUUCACAACAUUCCGGAAAUAUAUGUACAGUAAUAUUCAUUCUAUGCAGUAAUGACCAUAUUACAGCAACGUACACCCCUGGGCUAAUACAACUCUCAUCUAUUAAUAAUGGUGUAGCGAUUAAAAAUCUAUUUUGUGGGACCGUGAUGUAUGAACAAAUUUUAUAUAACAUUGUCAUUUUUAUUACCUGUUCAUUCAGUGAAAAAUUACAUUGUUAAGCAGCAUAAAUGGAACAGGGGACAUUUCAACAGUGCAUGCGCCGUGAACACUCGUCUGCAUAUGCGAGGGGGUUUCAAAGGAGGAAUCAUGUUAAUCAACACUUUGUUCAUAACUUGCAGUUGGAAUGCAUUUUAGAAGGUCAUUCUGGAUGUGUCAAUUGUCUUGACUGGAAUGAUGAAGGGACAUUGCUUGCGAGUGGCUCAGAUGACACAAAAGUUAUUCUUUGGGAUGCUUACCAACACAAAAAUAUUCAAAUGUUAAAUACGCAACAUCAUGGAAAUAUAUUUACAGUAAAAUUCAUUCCAUGCAGUAAUGACCAUGUUAUAGCAACAGGUGCUGCAGACGGACAUAUAUUUUUACAUGAUUUAAUUGGUAAAGAGACAAUAUCUGCUUAUGAUGUGCAAGGCAGAAUAAAAAGAAUUGUUACAACAAGAGCUGAGCCUAAUGUUCUUAUAAGCGCAUCAGAAGAUGGUAUAAUACGUGAAUAUGACAUUCGCGAACCUUCCUCAUCAAGUGCAAGAGUUCUGGUGGAUUUGACUAAGUGUUGUGGAAGUAAUAUUGAAUGUAAAUGCGUUGAUAUCAGCCCUUCUAAUCCAAACUGUAUUGCAGUUGGUGCCAAUGACUCAUAUUUACGAUUAUAUGAUCGUCGAAUGUUUGAUAUGCAUAAACGUGGUACAUAUUUUACCCCGGGCCACUUGCGUUCGAAGCAAAAUGAGUACAGGAAAAAACUUCGAAAUCUUUGUAUUACGUAUUUAACAUUCAACCCACGAGGGGAUGAAGUUCUUGUCAACUUUGGGGGAGAACAAAUAUACAUAUUUGAUAUUUAUGACAAAGUCAAACCUUUACUAUUGGAAUCGAAGAUUCAACAAGCAACAAAUGGUAUAAGAAAACAAUCAUCUAACGGACUGAAAGACGCAGGACAUGCCCCAAAAAGGCACAAAAGUUCGUCUUCCGAAGCGUCCACAAGCAAUGAUCUAAGUUCAAAAAAUUCUAUGGCUUCUGAUGAUAAAUCAGAUUCAUACACAGCAGAUACGAAAACAAAUGUAUUCUCUGACAAUUGCAGAUUGAAGGGAAAUGACUAUUUUGGGGAAAAGCAAUUCUCUGCAGCUGUUGCAAUGUAUAACAAAGCUUUAUUAAUGUCUCCCAAAUCGGUAGUGUAUAGUAAUAGAGCUGCUGCUUUAAUCAAGCGAGAAUGGGAUGGUGAUUUUUAUGCAGCUUUAAGAGACUGUUAUUCAGCAUUACAUGUCAACCCAUCCGAUGUGAAAGCGCACUAUCGUCUUGCUCGAUGCAUGUUUGAGCUAGAGUGGUUUGAAGAGGCUUCAUCAUGCAUCAAGGAGUUCAAGCAGCAUCAUCCAGAGCACUCGAGUAGUAAUGCUUGUGUUGCACUGGAAAAAGAUAUAAGUGUUGCUUUAAAACGAAAAGAAAAUGGAAAAAAAAUUAAGAAGAACGACAGUUCAUCUGAGGAAGAAAUUGAGCAAAGAUCUUCUUGCUUCGAUUACAAGUAUAGAUAUUGCGGACAUUGUAACACAACCACAGAUAUAAAAGAAGCAAACUUUUUUGGUGAUAAUGGACAAUAUAUAAUAGCUGGAUCUGAUGAAGGUUCAUUUUAUAUGUGGGAACAUGAUAGUACGAACUUGGUCCGUAUUAUGACAGCAGAUUCAUCUAUUGUUAACUGUGUACAGCCACAUCCAAGUUCAUGCUUGUUGGCUACUAGCGGAAUCGACCCCGAGAUAAAAUUAUGGUCACCAAAAUUGUAUGAAAAUAAGCAAGAAAAUGUCAUCGAAGAUAUGAAUUCAGUUGCGGCUGAUAAUCAAAGACGUAUGAACACUGAUCCACUCGAGUCUAUGUUAUUAUCAAUGGGUAUGAGAUUUGUUUCAAGCGAUGAUGAAAGUGGAAAUUCUUCCGAUAACAAUGUAAUGCCGUGCAGGCCAACAUAGCGUUUAUUUUGAUUUUAUUACUCUAUAUACAAAGUUUAUUUUGUGCCUAUACAUGACAGGUUUAUUCAAAGCAUGGCACGUAUAAUAAUAGUUUUUAUUAUUAAGAAUUUUCUAAAAUUAAGUUAAACAUUCUAAUUUAAAUUUUUUGUUUAUGCCAGUCAAUAUGAUCUAUGUUACAAAAGGAAAAACCUUUUAACAUUUGAACAACUAUUUCAGAACUUCUUUAUUCAACUGGUUGUUACUUUACAGUUCUAGCUGAAAAUUUUGUGCAUAAAUUCAAAACCAAUAAAUCAGGCUUACUUCUG